AUGGCCAAUUUGGCGGGGACUACGGGGGCUGAAAUGCUACGCCGCUAUCCGAAGCAAGAUCAAGUCCGCCACCCCGACGGAGAUGUACAACUGCCUUCUGUGGGAUCGAAUCUAGUUGAGACUGGUGCGCCUGGCCUAGAGCCGUCUAACACACCCGGGAGAAAGGGAUUGCAGAGACCAACCACUUCGGUCCCUGUUGGCGACCGACUCGACUAUAUUUGGUCAAGUAUUGAGCGCAGCCUAAGGAACGAUCAUGGGAAGGAAGAAACGCUGGCGGCUUUGGAAAACGAGCUAAGAGGUCUUUCUGAACUUGAAAAUGACCCAAUUUCGAUCCGCAUCCUGGCGGCAGCGCAGCGCGCUCCUCAACAACAUACUCGCCCAUCCCGACGCAGCGACAACCGACAAGUCAGCAAUCAGACGGUAAUGGAGGAGGAUUCGUCCGAAAAUAUCAUAUUUAGUCGGUCCGAAACUCGCCCGAUCAGUCAGGAGCAGCUACUCGCUGGAGUCAAGGGGGUUUAUGUAUAUUCGCAACGAUCAAACCAGGUAACGCCCGAGGAGAUGCGGGCGCGGACCCAACAAGCGCGGAUCCAACAAGCGCGUCUCGAGGCAGAGACACUCAAGGACCGUAUCAACAGGAAGAAGGAUGAGCUUAAGGUUAUGCAGUUGGAAGAGUUUGUCACGGCCCAGGACCAGAGACUCCCUGCCGAGGCGCGAUCGCCACUGAAUACUUCGUAUAGGGCGCGUGAAAGGAGGUUUCUGCCCUUAGAAAUCAACGGCAGGCCGGCCCAUGCGCUGCCCGACACUGGAAUCACUGGUAACGCCAUCUGCGAGGACUACGCGCUGGACAUUGGUGCAACGAUCGAGCGCCCGCCUUCCAAACAUCACUUCGUCAACGCCAAGAACCAACCCUUUGAAUCAGUCGGCACGACGAGAUUAACUGUUUCAAUUCCAGAAGCUCUGUCCAAGAACUGUCCGAGAAGGGAGUGGGUGUGCUCCUUUGCUGUGGUAAAGCAACUGGCCGCGCCUUUGGUGCUCGGCAACCAGUUCCUGCGGAAGACUGAGGCUCUCGUCAGCCUCGCCCACCUUAUGGUCAGGAAGACUAUAUCAGUGAUGGGUGACAAGAUUGACCGGCUCAGAAAGGUCUGGAUGUUCAUGCACAUGAACUUGCCGACUCAGAAGCUUGGCUGCUCCCUGGGCGCCGAGCCAGCCUUCGCUGCCCUGGACAGUGGUUCAGAUAUUGAUGCGAUCUCUUUGACCUAUGCGAAACUCCGCAAGUGGCGGAUAAAGCCGCUGCCCGAGGGGGAGGGAUACGUCUUGCUCGCAAACAACGAGCUGGUGAAGCUUUCAGGUUACGUCGAGACGACACUGGGGAUCCGGGGAGGCUGCAUCCGCAAGAGGUUUUACGUCCUAGACGGUCUCGUCUGUGAUGCCGUGCUAGGCGAUCCGACCAUCGAAGCCCUCGAUAUCUUUAACAAAUUUCAGAGCUCCCUCGUCGACACGACGGCGGCAGAGGACAUGGAUCCCUUCCACAUGAUCCAGUGGGUUGAGGAAAUCGACCAGAUUGAGCACGAACUGGAAGAAUUACUGGCAGAGCGCCCCAGCGCCGCAUUUAGCGGCACAGCAAAACCUGGUUGGAUCUCUUCUAUUCGCAAGGGAGCGCGACGAAAAGGCAAACCAGCCGAAGGUGAAGGGAUUGUGAAUGGACUCAGCAAUAUGCUUGAAGACGUCGAGGUUCGCUCAGCCAACUGGAGGAGGGCUGCUGAGGCUGAGCUGUUGAGACUGACCGGCGACGAACAUACCCGCAAGAAGGAAGAGUUUGAUAAACGCAAGAAGCAGAAUGAUGGACUCCGGGACAAGAUCCGACAGAACAUCAACGCGCGGCUGCAGAUGCCAAAGCCUAAAUCAAGACUUGGAUCUGGACAGCCAAGGGUGGCAGCGAACACUGCGGUCAUGUUUUAG